GGAGGUCUCUACCCUUAAUACUAUAUGGAAAAGAAUUUCAAAGAAAAAUGACAUCAUUUGAAUACAAACCAUCUUUUGCACAUUUGAUUCAUGAUUUCAAUACAAUUUCUAAAUGUUUGGCAUGUCACAGUUUUCCAAAAGCAUCAUCAUCAGGACUUUGUCGUACAUGUAAUUUUUAUCUAAAACAUAAUAUGUAUAAUAGAUUUCCUGAUAAGUCUUUCCAAUUACCAGAUCAAUCCUCUCUUAAUUCAUCAUCAUCUCAUACUCCUCCUUCACCAACAAGUUUGAUUAUGUCACUGAUCACUGAAUUUUUUAAGUAUGCAGCAUAUAGAGAAUGUCAAAGAGAAAGUAUAUUUUCUUUUGUACAAGGCAAGGACACAAUGGUUUUGUUACCAACAGGUGGAGGAAAAACUUUAUGCUACUCUGCCUCUGCUUUAUUAUGUGAAGGCCUUACAGUAGUUUUCAGUCCUUUGAAAGCACUCAUAGAUGAUCAAGUGAUUGAAGUCACUAAAAUGGGUAUUCCUUGUGCUGUAUUUGAAGAACUAUCAUCUGGUUUUACCAAAAUUCUUUUUGUAACUCCUGAAAAGUUUGAUAAAAAUAUUGGAUUUCAGAAAAUGCUGUGUAGAAUCUAUGAAAAAUUUGGUUUACGUUUUGUAAUUGAUGAAGCUCAUUGUAUUAAAGAAUAUAAACAUUUUAGACCAUCAUGGAAUAAUUUGGGAAAGUUGAGAAAUAUGUUUCAAGAAGCACCCAUAAUGAUGUUGACAGCUACUUGUUCCAAAGAAGAUGCAAACAUAAUUAUUAACUCCCUUAAUAUAAAACCAGAAAAUCUUAAUAUUAUAAGAAGCUCUUCUUUUUCAUGCCCAGAAAUUAAAAUAGAAGUCUGUUCAAAAGGAGCUAAGGAAAAGAUUAUUGGUGAUAUAGUUAAACUAAUUGACGAAAUCCAAGAAGGAAAAAUUAUUAUAUAUUGUGCGACUGUUAAAAAUUGUGAAGAGAUGUUAGAACAAUUGAAUAGUAGAAUUGACACUAAAUAUAAUAUUGAUACUUAUCAUGGAGAAUUAGACAGUUUGCAAAAAUCCCAAACAAUUCAAAAGUGGAAAAAUGGCCAAAUUCAACUUAUGAUUGCAACAAAUGCUUUUGGAAUGGGAAUAAAUACACCUGACAUUAGACUUGUAAUUCAUAACACCUUUCCUCUGAGCAUUGGAAACUUGAUACAAGAAAUUGGUCAUGCAGGAAGAGAUAAAAUUCAAUCAAAAAGUGUUUUGUUUUUCUCAAGGAAUGAUAUACGAUCUGUAUACUCUAUUGUUACUGGAGGAAGAGAAAGUUCUAUUCAAAAUCAACAAAAUAUGGAGGAAAUAAAUGUCAGUAACUUCUAUCCCAAUUUUGAUGAAUCCAGAGAAACAAAUCAUAUUAACUAUUUGCUAAAUAAGCAAAAAGAAAUAUUUAAAAUGAUCUAUUAUUGUGAAGAGCAUUAUACCUGUUGCCAAAUGAUGCUAUAUAGUUAUUACUCAUGGCCAAAUGAUCAACCACUUCCUCUAUGUAAAAUAUGUGACAACUGCAUCAGACAUGCUAAAAAAAAACCUAUUUUAUAUGAUAUUAGCAUUGAUGUAGUGAGGAUGAUAAAGGUUGUAGAUGCAGUAAUUAAUCAUUUGAAGAGAAAAGAAAAAGAGGCUACAAGAGAUGAUAUCAUAAAUGUAUUUUGUCAAGCAAGAAACAAAAAUGUAAAUGAAAAAGGCUUUUCAGAAUUGGAAAUAUAUAAAUUAGCAUAUAAUAGGGUUGUAAAACGACAACAGGAUGCUUUUCACCUACUUGACAGGCUCAUUAUUGAUGGUCUUGUUUUAAGUGACAUUGUUUUGUAUAAAUCACCUAAUCUUUCUAAUUUCCAUUGCAAUAUAGUAAUAAUUGGUUUAAAAGAAAGUGCAAUAUCAGAAGCAACAUCUAAAAAAUGGGAAAUUCUUUUAUAUUAG